AUGCCCGAUCACUCAGAAAAGCGCGGGAACGGGCGCGGUCAGGGUCGCGGAGGCCAGGGUCGUGAUGUCCAGGUCUCCAAAGCACUGAGCUUGCUGUUGCGCCAUGCCGCCGAGAAAGAAGGACUGAAGAUGAAUGCGCAAGGCUACGCAAGUGUCACCGACGUGCUGCAAUGGAGGAAACUGAAGUCUCUGAAAGUGACCUUCCCCGAGAUUCUACAUGCCGUCGACUCGUCCGACAAAAAGCGCUUCGCCCUUCUGUACAUUCCAUCCGUCCAGCCCACCGAAUCCACAACCCAGGCAACAACAGUCCCAUCAACAACCCCCGACGCAGAGCAUGAAGCCGGAAAGGUCGCGGGCGCAGACCAGCCCACGACAUCUGUCCUGGAGUCUGCCCCGGCUACGAGCGAAGCCCAGCAAUCCGCAACCGACCACGCGCUCGCAGUGAAAGACACCAAUCCCGCGAAUUUCUUGAUUCGCGCUACCCAAGGACAUAGCAUCAAAACCGUGGAAGCAGCAUCUUUCCUUGAACCGCUUUCAUUGUCGGACGAGUCGAAAAUACCAGACACUGUGGUCCACGGCACGUUCCACUCUACUUGGCCAGUGAUUCUACAAUCUGGAGGACUACGCUGUAUGGGCCGCAACCACAUUCACUUUGCGACUGGCCCAUCGCUGGAAUCUGUACUUGCUGUUCAUGAUGGUGAUGCCGCGCAGGGGAAAUCCAAGCCUGAUGACUCCCGCGUGAUUUCGGGAAUGCGUCGCGAUGCACAGGUGCUCAUAUACAUUGAUGUCCGCAAAGCACUCGCUGCGGGAAUUCCAUUCUGGCGCAGUGAGAAUGGAGUUAUCCUCAGCGAGGGCAUUCCCGUGAGUCAAAGUGGGCAAACGGAUAAGGGCGAAGACCAGAAGUUCGUGUCGCUGGACUACUUUGAUGUUGUCGCGGAGCGCAAGAUUGGCUUGGGCAAGCUCUGGGAACGCGGAGAGGUCCUCCAGGAGCUUCCAGAGAAUCUCACGAACAAGGGCAAUCCUAAGGGUAACCCCAAGGGUCGGCGAUGA